AUGAACAACAGACAAAGUCUACCAUCGUCAUUACCUUCUAGACCCAAUUUCUCAAGUCCGCCCACAACAUCUUCCAUUGCAGGUCCGUCAAAUCCUCGUCCCCCAACUCCAAGAAGAACUCAACACCCUCCCACUCCUUCCACGUCCUAUCAGCCCCAUCCGCUUCCUACGGGCGCAUAUCAAGGCCACGGUCAUGGAGCAUAUCAACCUACUUAUCGGAUCUCCUCAUCGGGAGGAUUCCCAAAUCAACCAAUUCCUGUUCAAUCACAGUAUAACAUGGGCAUAGGUUGGACUGGAGGAUAUCAACCUAAUCUGUCAGGCGGAUAUCAAGCUUCUUUCAACCCUCAACCAGUAUCACCAUAUCAAAACCAUUCCUUCGGUCAAUCAUUAUUCCAACAACAACCUCCUUUCAAUGGAUAUUACCCAUACUCUACCUCAUCAGGAUAUACACACCCACCACCAAGUGAUAUACAUCAACCUCCAACGAAAAAACAACGUCCAAAUGACUCGCAUACUAAUGAACAAGCUUAUAACAUCUCAUACACGGGUCCAUUCUUAUCAGGGAGCGGCGGAGCGACAUCUUCCUCUUCUUCGAAUAUGUGGAGAAACUGUUCACAACCAGGAUGUAAAUUUAUAGGCCCAGAUGAUAAAGUUGAACAACACGAAGGUGAUAGACAUUUGAUUUUCAAAACUGGUAAACCUAUUGAAAGGAGUGAAGAAGAAGAACGAUAUGCUAAAAGAAAAGGUCCUCCACCACCAAUCCAAGGAACAAGCAUAACAUUGAAUACACCUGAAGAAAUUGAAAAAUGGAUUGCGGAACGAAAGUCAAAAUGGCCAAGUAAACAGCGUAUAAAAGAGAAAGACGAAGAAAAAGCAGCUGCUAUAGCUCGUGGUGAUAUACCCAGAAGAGGUAGAGGUGGGAAAUUCGGUAGAGGAGGAAGGAAUGAUGCUGCUUCUUUAGCUGAAGAAUGGGGUAGACAAGCAAAUCCCGUAGCUGCAGGAGAUUAUGAACGUGGAUCGAGGACGGAUAGAGACACAGAAAGAGGCCGAGGGAGGGAUAGUAGAGGACGAGGUGGAAGGGGAGGACGAGGAGGAAGAGGAAGGGGAGGAUUUAAGGAAGGCAGAGACCGUACCGAUCGAAGCGGAUACACAGAACAGGAAACAAGGGAAUCUGCGGAGCAAGGUUGGACCAGAAUCUCAAGUCUACCUAUACCUGCUCCUGCUCCUGCUCCUGAUACUAUGCCGAUACCAGUAAUUAGUAUGGAGGAUUCUGGGAAGACCAAAGGGAACAGUAAUGCCUUGUCUGCACUAGGAGGAUACGAUACUCCUACUCCAUCGUCAACGACUUCAAGCGAUUCGUCGGAAAGUGAAAGUGAUUCGUCAUCCGAUACGUCCUCCGAGGAAGAUACAGAUAUAGAAGACGAAGGUGAAAUAGUCGAAGGAGAGAAGAAGAAAGUUAUCUUGGAAGAAGAACAAAAGAUUAGUAUACCGGCUGAUCCCAUACCGCCGAAAGAGAUAUGUAGAGCAUAUGAGAGGACUGGGAGAUGUAAAUUCGGUGAUACUUGUAGGUUAUCACAUAUUGCCGAUAAAUCCGCAUCAGUUAUGCGAGGUUUCCCGAAUCAAGAGAUCAAGAGACUACCUCGUCAACCUAUGGUGAAAAGACAAAACCCAUUUGCUAGACCAAGUAUGCUCGGUUCUUUAUUAUCAAACCCAAUCCAAAAUACAAUAUCUCAAUUAUCGCAGACUAUCAGAUUCUUAGUGGCUAACAACAUGCUGGAAGGAGUCGAACUUAAUCCUGGAGACGCUCAAUCUCAAGAAGAAGAAAAGAAUAAAGUUAAAGAAAUUCUUACAUCUACUGAAAACCCUGCAGUGGAAACUUCUCCAACGCUGGGAAAGGUUGUGGAACCGUGA